CGGCAAGGGAGUUUUGACUUCUCGUUUAGAUUUUCAAUUUCAAGCACGGCAACAGGAAAUAUUAUAAGGAAUUUUUUUUUGGGGGCACUUCUAGCAGAAGAUGGCCAUGAUCGAGAGCCAAGACCAUCAUCCCCACAUUCUCAUCUUCCCCUUCCUGGCCCAUGGCCACAUGAUCCCUCUCGUAGACUUCGCCAUCUUGCUCUCCCAACGGGGGCUGACUGUGACAAUCGUCAGCACGCCCUUCAAUAUCGCGCGAAUCCGUCCUACCAUCGACGGGCUCAUUUGUUCCGGCUGCGACGUCCGAGUAAUCGAGCUUCCCUUCCCCUGUAAAGAGUGCGGUUUGCCGGAAAACUGCGAGAACUUCGACAUGAUCACUAGCCAUGACGUGGCUGCAAGGUUCAUGCUCGCCACCAGGAGUCUGAAGGAGCCAUUUGAGAAAGUCAUGCCGCAGAUUCUCCCCGACUGUGUCAUAUCUGACUUCCUGCUCAGCUGGACCUCAGAGGUGGCACACAACUUCAACAUACCAAGGAUCUGCUUCUCCGCCACCUGUAAUUUCUCUUCUGUCCUGAGAUUCUGCCUCAAUAUGCAUAAGCCUCAAGAUGGAGUGUCUACUGCUCAUGAGCCAUUCUUGGUUCCUGGUCUGCCUGAUAAGGUUGAGUUAACCAAAUCCCAACUGCCGGAUGCUUUUGCGUAUAGAGAGUGUGAAGAAAAAGAACAGAUGCUCCUCUUCUCGAAAGAGGUAGCAAAUGCUGAAGAGGAGAGUGACGGCAUAAUUGUGAACAGCUUCUAUGAACUAGAGCCAUCUUACGUUGAUUGCUACAAGAACACCACAGGGAAGCCAGUUUUGUCUGUUGGUCCACUUUUCUUGUGUCAUGAAAAAAGAGGAGAGAGAGGCAAGAAGUCUUCUAUUCGUGAAGAAGAGUGCCUGGAUUGGCUUGGCCCAAAGAAAGAGAGAUCUGUUCUUUACAUAUCUUUCGGUAGCAUCAGUUUCCUUUCUCGAAAACAAAUGGAGGAGAUGAAGAUGGGCCUUAAGAAGUUGGGGUGUUUUUUCAUUUGGGCAGUCAAGGAACUUGAUGAUUUGCAGUUUAUUGAUAGUCUGGAGGAGGAAACUAGGGACAAGGGAAUGAUAAUAAGGGGAUGGGCGCCACAGGCUGUGAUACUCUCACACCCUUCAAUAGGGGCCUUCUUGACUCACUGCGGAUGGAACUCCACGAUUGAAGCCAUCAGCUUUGGGGUGCCGAUGCUCACUUGGCCACUGUUUGCAGAGCAGCACUUGAAUGAGAAGCUAGUGGUGCAGAUCUUGGGCAUUGGAGCGAAGGUUGGCAGUCUUGUGAUCUCAAUGGCUCUUGGGGAGGAAGAUGCGGUGGAGGUGGUGAAGCGGGAAGCGAUAGUGGAGGCGGUGCAGAGAGUUAUGGGGCCUGGUGGGGAGGGAGAAAGGCUGAGAGAGAGGGCUAGGAAAGUAGGAGAUAUGGCAAGGAAGGCAGUGGACGAUCAGAGUGGUUCCUCUUCUCUGAAUGUUGAUUACUUCAUUGAUUUCGUCAACGCCAGAAGAUUAACGGUGCCGGCCUCAAUGCUCUAAUAUUGGUCAUAUGAGUACUUUCUUGCUUCUUAAUUUCUGAAGAAUGUGCUCGUUACGUUGCAACAGUUUUUGCACUUCAAACUUCGUGCGAUGCACGUUACUCUCAAAGUCUGAAUGCAGUUUGAUGUUACAGCAUGGAUUUCAGUUCACUUAGUCGCAAGUGCUUCUACGGUAAAAAAAUAAAUGGUCGUUGGUAGUGACAAUCUGUUGUAGUUUUGCAAGCUGUUCAAUAUCUUAGUUACGAG